GGCGGAGCCCGCCCGGCGGCGGGUGCGGUAGGAGGCGGCGGGGCCGCGGGCCCGGGCUGGUGACUGUGGCGCCCUUAGGAUGGACGCCCUAGAAGAAGAGAGCUUCGCGCUGUCCUUCUCCUCCACCUCUGAUGCAGAAUUUGAUGCUGUGGUUGGGUGUUUAGAGGACAUUAUUAUGGAUGACGAGUUCCAGUUACUGCAGAGGAACUUCCUGGACAAGUACUACCAGGAGUUUGAAGACACAGAAGAGAAUAAACUCACCUACACCCCCAUUUUUAAUGAAUAUAUUUCCCUGGUAGAGAAGUACAUUGAAGAGCAGCUGCUGGAACGUAUCCCAGGCUUCAACAUGGCGGCUUUCACAACGACACUGCAGCACCAUAAGGAUGAAGUGGCUGGUGACAUCUUUGACAUGCUGCUCACAUUCACGGAUUUUCUGGCUUUCAAGGAGAUGUUCCUGUACUACAGAGCAGAAAAGGAAGGCCGAGGACUGGAUUUAAGCAGCGGCUUGGUAACUUCUCUGUGCAAGUCCUCUUCUACACCAGCUUCCCAGAACAACCUGCGGCACUAGGUCCCACCUUCAGACAUGAGUGUGAUCACUAUGAGGUCACCUGCCCAGCCGGCUCAGAGAAACAUGGGCUGCUGAUGACAGAUGCAUCUUCAUUCAUGUGAAGUUUUGAUGAGUCCUGGAAAACAUGACCGACGCUCCUGGCCCUUGUCCAGAAACACCAUGUAGUCAGUAACCUCCAUGUUCAUCCCUCCCGUCCCAAUACAGGCACCUCCCCCAGGUGCUUCAGAGUGACUCCUGGAGCAGGCCCCCUGUGGCCACCUGACCUGGGGGCCUCCCCAAGCAGUGUGCUAGUGUAGUGUGUCAUCAGUGUGGACAACACACCCUCAUGAGCCCUUCAUCCCGGCAGACUUUACAUGAGUCCUUGUGCACCUGUUUUUACGUGGGUCAGUAUCAGUUCUCAGCCUCAAUGGGGUUUUUGUUUGGGAGUGUUUAUCUAGGGAGUUCCUGGGGCCAGCUGUCCUGAUUUCUGAGUCUUCUGUGACUACAGCUUGCCUGGCUGUAGGAAUCAAUGAGAGAUGUCCUCUACCCCAGUGAAAAGGAACUCCCGUCUUACAUCAGCAUCCUUUCCACACAGUUCUGCUGCUCUUGCUGCAGGCCCAUCGUUCCUCUAAGUCUCUAAGCAUUCUUUUCAAGAAACAUUUUUAUAGAUGAAAACUCAGGCUAACCUAGUGAGUAUGAUCUUGGAAAGCCCACAAUCAACCACUUCA